ACGCCGGGGAGGGGGUGUCGCGCGCCUCCGUAUGUGGAACGGCGAUGACGUCAGAGAAAAGGCAAGGUGCAAAAGCACAAGCGGCGCUGGCAGUCAGCUUCGGCGGCUGCGCUUUUGCGGCGCUAUCGGGCAUCUUUGCGUCUCCGGUUUUGCGCCACCGUCACAGCAGCAGCAGCAGGAACAAGGACGCCGUGUGACGGAGCUCGAGCGGCAAGAGGCGGGCGAGAUGAUGCCGGUUUGCCGCAGGCGCCGCCAUGGAGAAAUCGGACACCGACUCGCGGCGGAUGAGCUGACCGGGGUGACCGAGCCCGCUGCUCCACCCGGGAGGAGGUGCCUGCCUUCGGACGCGGCCGCCGCCUGUGCCCGCUUCUAGAAGGAGGGGGCGGGGGAGGCGGCGAGGAGCGGCAGGAGGGAAGAUGCGGACGGAGGAGGAGAGGGCCGCCGCACAAGAGCCCAUCUUGGAGGAAGGCUCAGGACGAGAGCAGCAACGGCCGAUCCAGCAGUCGGUGGCGUCGUCCCUGUGCCGGGAGUCCCACUGGAAGUGCCUCCUCCUGACCCUCCUGAUGUACGGCUGCUUCGCCACGCUCAUCUGGUGCGCCCUGUGCCGCGUGCCCGUGCUCAGCUCCUCGCCGGUGCGCGUGGCCGCCGCCGACGGCAACGCCACCUCGGCCGCCUACUACAACGACGUCCGACGCUUGGAGAGUCCGUGCUCCAGCGGCUACCUCUACAUCCCGCUGGCCUUCCUGGGAAUGCUUUACGUGGUCUACCUGGUGGAGUGCUGGCACUGCUUCUCCAAGACAGCCGUGUUGGCUCACGCCGAAUUCCAGGACGUGUACGAGCGCGUGCAGCGGCUCCAGCAGGCCACGCCCUGCAUUUGGUGGAAGGCCAUCAGCUACCAUUACGUGAGGAGGACCAGGCAGGUGACGAGAUAUCGCAACGGAGACGCGUACACCACCACACAGGUCUACCACGAACGGGUCAACACUCACGCCUCCAGCUCGGAGUUUGACUACGCCCGCUACGGCGUCAAAGACGUGUCCAAGGAGCUGCUGGACCUGCAGCUGCACUCGGCGGUUCGACUCCGCUUCACCAAGUGCUUCAGCUUCUCCAGCGCACGUGCUGAGGCCGCCUAUCUCACCCAGCGAGCACGCUUCUUCGGCGAGAACGAGGGCCUGGACGACUACAUGGAGGCCCGGGAGGGCAUGCACCUGAAGAACGUGGAUUUCCGCGAACAUAUCCUGGCCUUCCCGGACCCGGCUCACCAGCCGUGGUUUUCCAGGUACAGAGUGUUCUGGCUGGCCUCGGCUUUCCUGCUGUCGUGGCCGCUGCGGGUAGUGUCCGAGUACCGCACGGCCUACGUGCACUACCACGUGGAGAAGCUGUUCGGCGAGGACGAGGAUCUCGGCGGAGGAGGCGUUUGCGGCGGCGGUGGGCCAGGAGUGGGCGGGAGGGGCGAAGGGGAGACUGCGAACGGAGGAGCGGGGAUGGGUCUGAACGGGUCCAGCUACAGAGCCAUCUCCCGGGUCAACACGGUGGACAUGACCGAACUGGAGUGGCACAUCCGUUGUAACCAGCAGAUGGUUCCCAGCUACUCAGAGGCAAUCCUCAUGGACUUGGACACGAGCGGGGGGACGAACCCCGCCGCUUACACGCCCGUGUCCGGGCCCCCGGGCGCCGUCCCCAACCCGGAGGGGAACCGGCCUCCCCCGGCCCUGCCUGUGGCGUUCAACUCGACGUACCUCCUCCAGAACUGCCCCCGAUGUCGAAGGACCACAUCCAGCUCCAGUCUGCCCUCCCGACUGAGGGCGCCCACGGGAACCGCGGCCCUCCUCAACGCUACCGUGGCGGGCUUGAGGGCGGCCGGGCACGGCGGGGGGAUCGGGGGCCGGCUGGUGCUCAGUCGAAGCGGAUUCUCCUUGGGGAGGCUCGGAGGAGGGAGACGGAACAGCCUGCUGCAUUCACGUAGCGUGGGCGGAGGCUUGGCGGGAAGUCGGGAGGAUGGGCCAGGAAGCGGAGCAGGCGCGGGGGGGUUCCUGGGGUUGGGUUCCAGGCAGGUCGACGAGGAGACCCGAGGUGUGCUGGAAGGAGAAGGGGAUGAGGACGAGGAUGAGGACGAGGACGUUGAGGAAAGGAGAGGGGAAGGUGGAGGCGGAGGCGGAGGCGGAGACAGGGACGAAGAGGCCGCCGAGCGAGACGGAGGCGCAGGCGCGGGGGAGAGGGAUCGGCCGCCUUCUUACCAGGAUGCCUUCUUCUUCCCUGUGCUGAUCAUCCACGGGGACGAGAGCUGCCACGCCGGGGACCGUCUCUGAACCUCCAAAACGCUUCGGAAUGAACCCCGGCUGUGUUUGGAAUCGUUCGCUCUUUUCCGACUCACCAAACACGAAACAGUGUGAACUUGACGUGUGAGUUGAAUUCGGUCCGUGACCACGCUCAUAUCGCAAAACACAAAUCGUCUUUCCCUGUUGAAAUGGAAAUUCCCUUCAACCUUUCCAUCCUCCCAUCAUACAGCAAACGUUUUUGUAACGUUAAAUUAAGACGGCGAUCAGAACUGCUCAGUAAGCUGCAGGAAAUUUUGUGGAUUUAGAGUACAUGUCACUGUCACUAUUGUUCUGUUGACGUUUGCGUUUGGUGCGUAAAGCGUUAUAACACUGCGACAUCAAUGCCGCUUUUUCGCCCAUCUAUGGCAUUUUGCUUUGCUCAAAGUUACAGCUCAAAGUCUCUUUAUUAAAGAAUUGUUAACUUCCGCGGCCACCGUCUCGCGCUCGUAACUGAAAUUUAGGCACAAAUCGGUUGAGUGAUGGUUUGCAUCGCAAAAAACGCAGCUCACUCGUAAGUCGAGCUAGCACUGUAUAUUUAGUACCUGCAAAGUGCUUAGCAAUGGAGCUGAAUGAUUCCAAACGCAGUGGCUAUGUUUGGAAUUUUUCAGCUCAUUCCCGCCUCCCUAACCACAAAACGGGAAUUUUUAUAUGUGGACUGCAGUGCGAUUAGCAAAAAGCCACAAACAAUUGACGCCCACCCAAAGAGUUCUGUAGUUGCCUAUAGAUGCCACAAGAUGGCAGCAAAGCAAGUUUGUUUCUCUUGAACAAGGCUAUGGCCUCCCCCUUACUUGAACACGGCACCAAAGCAAUACUUUUAUAUUUGGCAUGGCUUUCGCCCGAGUACAAGAGGUUUUUCAGCGAAUAACGUAGGAUAGUUUACCCCCCAAAAUUUGCAAAUGCGAGGGUUCACCGUGUUGCUUUUCUUGUGCUGGUUGCUUGUUUUCUACUGGUGUGUACAUUGAGGGUUCUGUAGAGGGGACAACUUCUACUUGCUCUACAUUCAAACACUGCACUGCAAAAUGGCCAACUCACUUUAUAAGGCACUAUAUAGUAAAUACAGAGCGAUUCCAGACACAGCCAGAGUGAGGCAAGACAGGAGAUCUCACUUCGAGAAAUAUCUAUGCAAGAACAGGAGUAGGGAGGGAACCACAACGAACGUCCAGCUGGCCAUGAUAUCUGAAGUCCAGUUCUUCCACAGCAAACUCAUCAAGACAUGCCUUGAUGUACCUCGCAUCGUGCACUGAUGGAACACAAAAGCGUCUUCUGCACCAUCUCAUCUCCAUUACGCGCUAGAUCAAGGUGAGGAAAAAUGUGUCCUACAAUUUGGUGCUGAUCCUUCCAUCCAUCCAUCCAUCCAUCCAUCCAUUUUCUUGACCGCUUCUGCUCACUAGGGUCCCGGGCUGCCGGAGCCUAUCCCAGCUAUCUUCGGGCGGGAGGCGGGGUACACCCUGAACCGGUCGCCAGCCAAUCGCAGGGCACUGGUACGCUUUCGCGCUUUUUCCACUAGUUUUUGUUUUGUUUCGCAAACCUAAAAACAAGUGCUGAGGAGGAUGUCAAUAACUCCUCUUCGUCCUCCUCCUCCGCCUCUGCGCUGCAAAGAAGCCAUGCUGCUUGCCACAUCAGCACGCCAAGUCCAACUGGCAAACAAAUGUCGCUCAAUAAGAGCAAACGUGGCGUCCAUCGCACCCGUCCAUUUCGUUCUGGUCGAGGGCAGACUGGAACGGGCUCAGCUCCCUGGCCUACUUCUUAGUCCUCAAUUUGGAGGAAAAGCCAGCAAGGGAGCAGCCUCAUCUGCCGCACACUUCGGAUGGACACGCCCACGCGGAUGCAAAGCACACACACACGCACACACACACACACACACACACAAACCUGUGAAACGCCGUGUGCAAAAGGAGACAUUGGAUAAUAUACAACAUGAAUGAAGAGGAGCUGCACAAAGGACUCAAUCCCCCCCCCCCUCGUCCACACAAAAUAAAAACAAACUAUUUUUCUUAGGAUUUGAUUGUACUGACGGAGAGCACUUAUUCACUGUAAUACACUAUUUUAUCUCUAAUCAAUUGUGUGCAUCUGUUGUAAGCACUUCAAGUCAACCGUGUUUUAACAUUGAAAAACAUGGGGUCACUCAGUCAGUGUGCGUAUGCGUGUGCGUGCGCUACUUUUCUAUUUCACGGCAGUGUCGAGGUGGCCUUUGGAAGUGUCACCCGCGCUCACGCACUCCGAAAGCAUGGAAAUGUCCUCCCACGUUGCCUUCGUCUCUGCCACUGCUUCAUUUGCUUCCGUUUUCGACACCCAAAAGGCCAGAAAAGUGUAUGUGCAGUGCAUCCGGACAGUCACAUGACGAGGGAUGUUUAGAGGCUCGAUCACAAAUAUUUGAUGAUUUGACGGAGAUUAGGAAACUGGUGGAAGGGGAGUUAUGGUCGCUAGAGGGCAGCAAACCUCCAUAAAGCACUUUUCAGGGGCCUGACAAAUGGGACACCGUUUGAGCGUUUAUUGAAUGUCCUUGACUUUCAGCAUUAAAUCAGUAUACUAGUACCAGUUUCGUCCUCACUAGCAGACCGACUAGGGUGCACUAGUGGACCAGGCUUUGGCCUACUAGUUUGAAUUCAAGCUGGUUAUCAAGGAUGUGGAAGUACAGUGAUGCCUUGAAUGAAUUUGUUCCGUGACAACGCGUGUCGCAGUGAAAGCGAAUGCCAUUCAUGCACUCCAGCCUCCUGAAAUAAAUGAACAGAACAUUUUGGAAUACCUUUUCAAUUCAAACAAAAUAUAUACUCAUAAUAUUGUACUUUAUAAACGCGUACAGUGAGGACAUCAAUAGAAUGUAAAAAAAAAGAAAUAAUAAUAAACGGCUUUUUGCUUCUAUUCAGUGGACACAGUGAUGCUCCUUCUGAUGUGCGCGCCUCGGCCACCUGGGGGCAGUAUAAUACAAAUAUAUGCAUGUACAUGGAGCCGGUCAAAACUCCUCAGUAAGCUGCAGUACUAUUAGUCCGCAACAUCGAUGCUAUUCGUUAGCCCUUUUUUGGUGUUUUGCAUUGUUUGUUAGCUUUAAGCUAAAGGGAUUUUUCUAGAGCAAAGCGAUAUGCUUGUUUUGGGUACAAAGUGUGUAAUUUGGACAGUAAACUUGAACUGGGAGUGGCAAUAUACAGCUUGCGUUGUUCACAGUCUGCAAAAGUGCUGCUUGUCGUGAAGUUGAGUUCACUGCCACCAUACAGCGCUCGUAUCUCAAGUUUUUGCUCACAAAUCUCCGCAAAAAAAAAUCAUCUUGUAUCUAAAAAAACAACAACAACUGUGUAAGUCGGGUCGCUCGUAUCUCAAGGCACUACUGUAUUCCUCAAAUGGCUUUUGUUGUGAUCCAUCAUAAGGUCCAUGUACUCGUGAACUCUUUGUCCUCACCAGAAGUAGGAAAACUUUGGCCUACUAGUACUACUAGUGACAAAUUCUACUAGCACUUCAGUAGUAGUGCUAGUAGUGCGCAAUGUUAAGUAGUGCAUAGUUUCGCACACGCUGUUGCUGAAGGUCGUUUGUCUUUGGCAGCUGAUCAAUACCAAGAAAAAAAAAGCACUGUGACGUCACUGAAGCAAAAGAACAAUACGGCGGGUCUGACGGAAAUAGCAAUCAACGCCUUCUUCAGAGCGCUAGCCGCUUUCUACCGUCGGUUCGAAUCAAUCCCAUCAACCGUUUUUUUUUUUUACGAUGCCGAACGAGACCGCCGCCGUGUGACCGAUGUGAGCUUCGCACAUUGUAAAGACACAAGGAGCGAUUCAUUCCAGGUGGCGGUCGGAUGCAAGCACAUCGACUGCGGCAAUUUGCAAGGACGACUCUGCCUUUUUUGUGCUCAAUUGUUGUCAGGGCGUGAGAGUGAUCGCGUGACAUGACAGGAUGCAAAUAAAGUCUGCUUCAGAAAACC